AGUUUACUCACGGCAGUCGCGAAACACGCUCCCCAGGCAGAAAAACCAAUCAUCAUCAACUAUAGCCAGAGAUCGGUGGAGAUCGGUUGAGAACUAAACUAGUUAGCUAAAAAACUAAAGUUAAACAAAAAAUAAUAAUAAAUAUCAGAGAUUAUUUGUUUUUGGUGUAGAUCAUUAGAUCAAAAGUAUUUGGAAUUUACUAAGGAACUCAACGAGAUUGUGUUAAAAACUGAUUAGAUUUAAAAAAGAAAGGACUUAGAUAUAUUAAAUCCGAAGUAUUUAUAAUAUCGUUGCUCGUUUUGGAAUUGUUUAAAUAAUUGAAAGGGAUUGUGUUUUUUAUAAAAGAAAUCAAAUAUCAGAGUUUAUUGGAGUAGAUCUUUAAUCAAUACUUAUAAAAAUCGAUCGAUCUCUGAUUUUACUACAGCGGUGAUUGGACAAGGAUUAUUUGAUUUUGGUGUAGAUCAUUAGAACAUAAAGUAUUUAUUUACUGGAAUUAAUUAAAGAACUAAAGGAGAUUGUGGGAAAAAAGUAAUUAUUUUGAAUUUGGAGAUCAGUACUUAUACUAUAGAGUGAUCUGUGAUUAAACAGCGGUGAAAAUAAAAACGCAGAUUAUUUGAUUAUUGAUUAAAUCAUUAGAAAGUGACUAUAUUUUUGUUUGAGUGCCUGCUGAUUUAGUGAUUUUGAGUGUUCAUCCAAUAUCCCAUAUACCAAAUCCCAUAUCCAUAUCCAAUAUGAUCUGCCCGAAACGCACCUCGGAGCUGCUGGACCUCCAUUUGGCGCCGUUCAAGGACAAGGAUCCGGCCUGGGAGGUGGGCGUGUCGAAGAUCGCGGGCCGCGGCGUGGUGGCCACCAGGAGCCUCAAGCGGGGCGAGAUCAUUUUCCGGGACAGUCCGCUGCUGAUUGGCCUGGCGGCCCAUGAGGAGGAUGCCCUGAAUGCGUGCAGUGUAUGCCUGAAGAUGCUGCCCGACACGCGGUUCAUGUGCCGCCAGGGAUGUGGCCUUCCGGUCUGCAGUCUGUGCGCCAAGAAGAAGCAGCACAAGAGCGACUGCGACCUGUUCAAGUCGUGGGCACCCAACGAGCCGGACGUGGCCAACUCGGUGAUCAUACGGCUGCUGUGCGUGGCCAGGGCCAUCAAUCUGAGCAAGGAGCAGAGGGACCUGAUCUACUGCCUGCAGGCGAACCUGGACAACAACCACCGCACCGAGGUGCGCAAUGCGGCCAAGUGCUUCAAGCACUUCCCCACCGACAAGAAGCUGAUCGAGAUCAUGAACCGCACCGUCGCCGUGCUGCGCACCAAUGGCUUCGACAAGACCACCGACCGCACCAACGACAACCAGGAGUUCAACUACCGGGCCCUCUAUCCGCUCUUCGGCGUGGUCAACCACGACUGCAUUCCCAACGCCUACUACACCUUCGAGGACAAGACCAACACCAUGCUCGUCCGCGCCGCCGUCGACAUCCCCGCCGGCUUCGAGGUCACCACCACCUACACCAAGCUCUUCGCCGGCAACAUCGCCCGCCACCUCUUCCUCAAGAUGAAGAAGGGCUUCACCUGCAAGUGCUCGCGCUGCUCCGAUCCCACGGAGAAGGGCGCCUUCAUCUCGGGCCUGUACUGCCGGGACACCAACUGCACGGGUCUUGUGGUGCCUGAGAUCUCCGGGCUGCCACAUCCCAACUGGAACUGUCUGGAGUGCAAGCAGAAGUCCACGCAUGCGCAGAUGAUGAAGUCGCAGGAUUUUGCCAGCGGGGCCAUCAACGCCAAGGCCAACUCGAAUUCGCUGCGGACACUGGUGCAGUACCUGAACGAGAAGAGCGACAGCUUCAUCCCGAGCUCCAACUACGUGGUGGUAGACGCCAAGAUGUCCGUGCUGCAGCGCCUCCAAGUCGGCAGGGAGGACUGCUCCGAGGAGCUGGCCAACAACACGCGCCUGCGCUACAGCCGCGACAUCACCCAGGUGAUGGACAAGCUGGGCCUGGGCGACAGCCUGCUGCGCACCCAGCUGGAGGAGCUCCUCCGUCGCGAGGAGGAGCGCCGGGCCAAGCGGCUGGCCGCGGAGGAGGCCGCCAAGCAGCAGCAGCAGAAGCUGGCCGAGGCGGACAAACUUUUGGAGGCGGCACUGGCCAAGGAUCAGGCGGAUCAGGCGGAUCAGCAUCAGGAUCAGGUGGGCACAUCGGCGGGAACAGCCGAUCCUGGCACAGCACCUGCUCCUCUGCCAGCCGCCGCCGAGCUGGCCUAGAUGUUUACAGCACAAUGACGCACUUUUCCCGCACUCGAGGGGUUUUUUUUAUUUCUUUACUAUACUUUAUUAUUUGUUAAAUACUUAAAAUACAGAUGUGUGAAAAAUAAGGGUCUUAAAAUACUUUCAAAAAUAAUUAUAUUUAUGUUUUUUCGGACCAAAUACAGCAAAAAAGCUCUGGCACAGAAAUAAAAAAUGUAUAUUAUUACCCAUUUGAAUAUUAA